GACAGCCAGGGGGGCUCUAGCAGGCUGCCAGACAUGCACAGAGGGAGACCACCAGAGGAUGUAUGCACAUGAGAGAAGGCAGGAGCAACCCUCAAGUUGAGAUAGACCCCCAGCCCCCCUAGCCAGCUCUUAUACAGCUACAGUAUAGGCAGCAGAGAGCAGUCAUGUCAGGUCCUGGAAUCAAUGCUCAGCACUGGAAUUUCCAAAGAACUCUGCAAGUCGCUCUGUGAAUCCUGACCUGCUUUUCUUUGCUCUGCAGAAGUCAGAGACCACCAGAAGCUGACUGCAAAUGAGAGGGAAAAAAAACUCCAUCACCCAAACUCUGGAGCAAAAGGAACCCCAUAGCAGUGCCACCCAGUAUGCCAUGUCCUGAGAUCACUGCCCUGGAGGACAACCCUUGAAUUCUGACCAUGCAGGCUUGAGAGACCAACACAAGAUCAGAGAAGAAACACUAUGUCUUGGAUGUGCUGGACUAGUUUUGGGCUGAAGGAUCUGACAGUCUCUUCCUGUGCCACAUGCCCACCUGCUUGCCAUGUAUAUGGAGCUGUGGGUGAUUUCUAGGAGAAUCCAUAUCUAGCUUCUGCUGCUGCACCCUGACACUUUUCUUAUCCUUAGUUUGGCUGCGGUGGAAUAACUAUGAGGUUACUGGGAUGCUACUUGAUGCUUUUCUUCUUUACUUGGGGAAAUGCCAGGGCACAGGGGGAGUACUGUCAUGGUUGGGUGGAUGCUGCUGGAAAUUACCAGGCGGGAUUCCAGUGUCCGGAGGAUUUUGAUACUGCAGAUGCUACUAUCUGCUGCGGCUCCUGCUCCCUGCGCUAUUGUUGUGCUGCGUCAGAUGCUAGACUGGAACAAGGCAGCUGUACCAAUGACAGGGAGCUGGAGAAUACUGGAGUCACUGCACAACCUGUAUAUGUUCCAUUCCUUGUUGUUGGCUCCAUAUUCAUUGCCUUCAUCAUCGUGGGAUCCCUGGUAGCUGUCUACUGCUGCACAUGCUUGAGGCCGAAGCAGACAUCUCAACAGCCAAUGAGAUUCACCUUACGCAGCUAUCCUCCGGAAUCUCUACCUAUGAUUUUAACCAGUAGUAGCCUAAGGACUCCGUCUAGACAGUCCAGCACUGCAACUAGUUCCACCUCUACUGGGGGAUCAGUACGUAGACUUUCCUCCUCCAGAGCAGAUCCUGGUUAUCUAGUAACGUCACCUCCACCUCCAUACUCUUCGGCACAUUCCAUACAUCUCAAUCCAUCAUCUACAUUUCUGGUGUCCACACAGUACUUUUCAUAUCCCCUCCAAGCAGAUGGAAACACAAAUAAGAACUGUCCCGACUUCCGACAGUAAGACUAUUUGGAAACUAGUGACAAUCCUUUAUAUUUGUGGAAUGGAUGAUACAGAGAAUGCAGUUUGUACAUUUAUUUAGAAACAAAUACUUUUGUUCAAUAUUUAGCAAAGAAACUGUCAUAUUGUGCAAUAGAAGGUGUAUAAUAUAGCCAACAUUUACUUUCCUACCGGUGAAUAAGCUGCUGUAGUAGUUGAUUUGCUUCUGACUGUUGGGCAGCAAAGGUUUUCUAAAAAUAAAUACAAUAUUUGGGUUCUAAUAGAACAUGUUCUUUAUAAAAACAAACUCAAUAAUGAAAUGAAUAAUUAGUGUGGAAUUGUGAUUCAACAGCUGACACGAUUUUAUUGCACUGGUGGUCAUCCUGGUGGAUCCUACAAUGAGACUAAACCUGACAAUCUUAUUUCACGUUAAAAGAAAAAUACUACAUAUAUUACAUGGACAUAUAUAAUAGAGUUGUGACUUACAGUCUUACACAGGGGUAAACAUUUUAAAAGCUGUUACGUCUUCCAAAUUACGUAUAAAAUCGUGGAUCUAAUUUUCAAUUGUUUGCAGAUUUACCAAUUUUUGGAUCACAUUGUACAGUGCCACAGAUUGUGACAGCGCUAUAUAAAUCAAGAUUAAUAAAAAUUUCCUGUCAUAUUUUCCAUCUGACUAGUGUUCUAUGGUAUGUUAAUUGUCCAGAACAGUUUUUUUUUCACUUAAAAAAUUAGGCAUGACAGCUAGAUCGUACAGCAAACAUUAUAAGGAAUUCCUGGUGUUCUGUACCAUCAAUGAUAACUAAUGUUAUGUUUGUGUACUAUUCAAUAUAUUUGGUUGUCUUUUACAUGACUUAAAUGAAGAUCUGAUCACUGAUCAUUGAAGAGAAUACUUUUGUGAAUUGGUUAACAAAUUUUCUUGGCUAUGUAAAUGUGAUAGGAAUGGUUUUGUAAUAUUUAGAGGGGAGACAAUGUGUUCAAACCUUAAAGCAUUUCUGUCAUUUGUAUAAACUUUUAACAAGUUCUCCAAAAGUCAAAGUUCUAAGUCCUCCUGUAAUCACGAGUUAAAGCGCACUUUACUCCCUGAUCUGCCCCAUUACAGUCUAUCAUGCACAUUAGUCAGAUCAGGUGGCCAUUGCACUAUUGCAACCCCAUACGACCUAAACUUUUGACAUGUCUGGUCAACAAGUCUAAAGUUUAUACAAAUGACAGUAACGCUUUAAAGGGGUACUCAUGAGGAAAAAAAAUGCUGUAGAAGCCUUUAUCAUUGCUUACAUGUCUGCCCCAUUCCUGAAACCACCAACGAACCAUUGUUUGGGGGGGUUCCUUAAUCCUGUACAUCCUGGUUGAGCAGUUGCUUAGCACUACAAUUGCUUCCCCUCUGCUUUCCAUCACAGUUCUCCCACCUUGCCUACUUCCCUACCACAGAACUCCUGUCAGUUCCCCACCCAGAGUUGAUGGAGAAAAUCACAUUUUACAGCAGACUAUUGCACAGUAUGCCUGCAAAACCGGCUUUACUCACUCCGUUUGCUCCUCUACCUGUGGUAUUGGUCAGCGCUGUAAACACACCACAUUCUUCCUAAAUUUUCGUUUGUGUGUAUAUAACAGGGAGAUGGUUGUAUAGACUGCAGGGCUGGUCAGAGGUAAUGGCAUUAUUCGGGGUGGGGCUAGAGCUCCAGUCAUACCUUCUGAGAUAGAGGAUAACGCGUUGUCUUGGGAGAAAGGGAGGAGGUGGAGAGCUAGAGACAAAGCGAUUAAAAAAAACUAAAAAUAAAAAACAAAACCCAUAUUCAUGUUGAAACUAUAACUUUUAUUAAAUUUAAACAAUUGAGACAAAACAUUGAAAAAUACUGCGUUAUCCAUGCACAUUCCUAAAUUAAUAGACAACAUAGAUGUUAACAAAAAAAAAAAAAAACUGUGCCAAUUUCUUCAAGUUGUAUCCUUGCUUGCCUAAAAGACUAUAAAUGUGAUGUAGACCAUACUUCAGAAAAAAAAUAUA